AUGCGACCGGCCUGGGCGGCGGGAAAACGAGGGCCGACGGGGCGGAUGAAGCCGAGGUCUGAGGGAAAGGGAGCGAGGGGCGAGCGGAAGGGGACCGGCGGCGGACGGGGAGGGGGCGGUUGUGAGGCGCGGGGCGGGGGGGGGGGGGAAAGGGCGGGAAGCUGGGCGGGGGAAGCCCGGGACAAAACUAAAGCCCGGCGGCCGAUUCCCCCUCAGCGGACGGGGACGAGAUGGGAGGGACGGAGGGGGAGAAAGGAGCCCCGCCCCUUCGCGCAGGCGCUUCGCGCCCUCGCCGCUCCCCUUCGCGCAGCCGCCUCGCGCCCUCGCCCCUCCCCUUCGCGCUCUCGCCCCGCCCUUUCGCGCAGGCGCCUCGCCCCUCCCCUUCGCGCCCUCGCCCCUCCCCUUUGGGCAGCCGCCUGGCGCCCUCACCCCUCCCCUUCACGCAGGCGCCUCGCGCCCUCGCCCCGCCCCUUCGCGCAGCCGUCCCGCCCCCUCGCCCCGCCCCUUCGCGCGGCCGUCCCGCCCCCUCGCCCCGCCCCUUCGCGCAGCCGCCUGGCCGCCUCGCGCCCUCACCCCUCCCCUUUGCGCAGCCGCCUCGCGCCUUCGCCCCUCCCCCUCGCGCUCUCGCCCCUCCCCUUCGCGCAGCCGCCUCGCGCCCUCGCCCCUCCCCUUCGCGCUCUCGCCCCGCCCUUUCGCGCAGGCGCCUCGCCCCUCCCCUUCGCGCCCUCGCCCCUCCCCUUUGCGCAGCCGCCUCGCGCCUUCGCCCCUCCCCCUCGCGCUCUCGCCCCUCCCCUUCGCGCAGUCGCCUCGCGCCCUCGCCCCGCCCCUUCGCGCGGCCGCCUCGCGCCCUCGCCCCGCCCCUUCGCGCAGGCGCCUCGCGCUCUCGCCCCGCCCCUUCGCGCAGCCGUCCCGCCCCCUCGCCCCGCCCCUUCGCGCAGGCGCCUCACGCCUUCGCCCCACCCCUUCGCGCAGCCGCCUCGUGCUCUCGCCCCCUCGCCCCGCCCCUUUGCGCAGCCGCCUUGCGCUCUCGCCCCGCCCCUUCGCGCAGCCGCCUCGCGGCCUCACCCCUCCCCUUUACGCGGCCGCCUCGCGCCCUCGCCCCGCCCCUUCGCGCAGCCGCCUCGCGCCCUCGCCCCUCCCCUUCACGCAGCCGCCUCGCGCUCUCGCCCCGCCCCUUUGCGCAGCCGCCUCGCGCCUUCGCCCCUCCCCCUCGCGCUCUCGCCCCACCCCUUCGCGCAGCCGUCUCGCGCCCUGGCCCCGCCCCCUCGCGCUCUAGCACCUUCACCCCUCCCCUUCUCACAGGCGCCUCGCGCCUUCGCCCCGCCCCCUCGCGCCCUCGCCCCUCCCCUUCGCGCAGGCGCCUCGCGCCCUGGCCCCGCCCCUUCGCGCCCUCGCCCCCUCACCCCUCCCCUUUGCGCAGCCGCCUCGCCCCCUCGCCCCGCCCCUUCGCGCAGGCGCGUGGCGUUCCCGCCCUUUCCCUCUCCCUCCCGCCUCCACCCUGAGGCGGCAGUUGGGCGCGGGCGGCUGAGGGGGAAAGGGAAGGGGAAGUGUGGGCCACCAGCGGGCUUGACAUGA